AACUUCCGGCUUUGUGAACUCGGCAUUGUUCCGUUCUCUAGGAUUCUGGAGAGGUCGGUUCGGGGCUGAAUAACUUAAAGAGAAGCUCAUCAGGAACCUCUGGGUGCCUAAAGGACAUUUGGGAUUUGAUAGCAGCAGCACACAUCCUGUCUGGAGGGAGACCACCCUGUGAGCCUGUACGAUGACUGCAGAAUCCAAAGAGACUGCCAUCCUUUCUCCUCAGGCUCUACAGGACCAGGAUGGGCCUAUAAUAAUCAAGGUGGAAGAUGAUCCCACCUGGGAGCAGGAAUCUAGUCACCCCAACCAGGAGAUCUGGCGGCAGCGCUUCAGGCAGCUGUGCUACCAGGAGACACCUGGGCCCCGAGAGGCUCUGAGCCGACUGCGGACACUCUGUUGUGAGUGGCUGAGGCCAGAGAUGCACACUAAGGAGGAGAUCUUGGAACUGCUGGUGCUGGAGCAGUUCCUGAGUAUCCUACCAGAGGAACUCCAGAUCUGGUUACAGGAACGACAUCCAGAAAGUGGUGAGGAGGUAGUGAUGCUGCUGGAAGAUUUGGAGAGAGAAUUGGAUGAGCCAGGACAGCAGGUCUCAGCCCAUACACAGGAACAGGCAUUACUCUGGGAAGGGGUGACACCCCUGUUCCCAGCUCCAGUGACAUUGAGGAAGUCACCGAGCAUUCGGAUUCAAUCCAUGGAGACUCAGUUGAAAUGUGAAUCUGCGGAUCCCCGUCCUCUUCAAAAGAUUGGGAGUAUAUUUAAAGAGUGCCCUUUAAGAGAAGCUCAAGAGGACCCUCGUAACCUAAAAAACCAAAACCCCACCCAGGUUUGACUCCUGAAGCACACAGCUCAGCCUGAAUGAUGACUACGGAGUCCAGGGGGACUUGUUCUGGGUUUCUGGGUGCCGAGGGAUCAAGAACAGCUUGUGAUGGUAAAAGCGGUUUCAAAUGAUCCAUGGGACAACCAGAGUAACCCUUCUGGCCAUAUUUGCCCCCAGUAAAUUCAUUAGCAUAAUGAUGAAAGGAACAAAAAAAUCCUGGCCAGAUCCUUAAUGACUGACUCUGGAAACCCCAACAAGAAAGCAGUCUUAAAAGUACCACGUAGCCAUAGCAAGACUGUGAAGCCACAAGUGCAAUCCCAUAUACCAUCUUCCACCAGGCACCAAAGAACUGUCAGCUUCCCGUCUGGUUGGCCAAAAUCUUUAAAGAGGGCUACUCUGCAGCUCCUCUUAAUGAGAGAUGCCAGUGCUUCCUGACCAUAAAAUGGAUGACUCAGUAGUGCCAGGACAGAAAAAAAAGUGGGCGGCGAUUUCAGAAAACCUGCUCCUAAGUUACUAGAGGCCUUCCACAAUCUACGUCUUAUGGUUGAAACGUCAUGCCACGCACAAGAUGGCUGUCUCACCUCUGGAGGAGUGGGUAGAAGGGCAGAUCCACCAGCAGGGUUGUCCUGAAAUCAGCAAUCAAUAAGCUUUGGCAACAACAGCUAACACAGGGAGGUAAGCCCAUUCUGGCCGGAAGCCAUUGUGAAACAGACUACACAGUUCAUCCGUACGCUGCCCAUUCAUUUUCUCCAGCUUCUCUCCAAUUUAGUGCAAUUCCAACACCAGGUAGUCCACUGGAAGGAGCGAGGGGAGGGAUUUUGCAGUCUUUCAUACCCCAAUCACCCUUCUCCCACUCUGCCUAGAAUCUCUGAGAUCCUAUGAUCUCCAGUCUCAUCCACACUCACUAGCCAGGGCUCUUACCCUUCGGGUGAAUCACCUCUAGACUACCCCUCCCUUCCUUGUCUAGUUACCCAGCCCCACCCCCAUUUCUUUUGAUUGCUGCCCUGGAACUCAUCCUGUUUGAAGGGCUUUUAGAUUCCUUUAUCAGGAAACAAGAGUUUUCAAAGCCCCUGUGUUGGCAACCAAAAAUGGGCUCCUUAGCACUUAGUCAACAAGCGCCCUUGACUAGUUUGGCUUUUUCCCCUGAACUGAAUGCUCUUUGUAUGUUGGACUGGAGUAAGCUUGUUGGCCCCUUCACCUUGCUUCCCUUGCUUAAGCUGAUGGAAAGAACCUGUGCUUUCCCUGUCAACCCCUUCACCUUGCUUAAGCAGAUUGAAAGAACCUGUGCUUUCCCCAGCGUACCUUACACCCCCGCAGAAGCCGGAUGGUUAAAAACAGCUUCCGUUGGAGCCAGAGGCUGCCACAGCCACAGCCACAGCCACAGCCACAGCCACAGCCGAAGCAGGAGCUGCCGGUAGCAGAGCUGACCUACGGGGAGGAAGCUGAACAAGGACUUGAGGCCAGUGGGUAAUGUUUUUACCAUAGAGGGGAAGCAUGUAUAUGAUUUUGCUGUACACCAUCAUGCUUCUCUGUGGCCUCCUGGUUACUCUUUCGAGGCGUACUUAUUGGGCCUGGAAGCUUUUGAUCAAUAUGUCAAAAUGGGGAUGCUGGUUCAUGGGUUGGUUACUGUGGAGCCUAAAUAUAUGCUUUGAUUCUUCUGCCUCCU